AUGUCAAGUAAAGGUCGCAAAUAUAUGAGCAAGCGUAACCGAGCUUGUGAUUCCUGCCGGACUAGGAAAGCGGCAUGUCGCAUUGACAGCGAGCCACCGUGCUAUCUCUGCACACUCCACAGAAAGGAAUGCACCUUUCAACACCAGACAAACCGGCCGCGGAGGACCAUUGGCUAUUCCGUCAACUCAAGUGGAAUCCAGGAUUCAGGCAUCAGCCCACCGGAAGUUCAGCGUAUGGCUUCCCCAUUGCAUGACUCAAUGGCAUUUGAUGCAUUGAUGUCGAUUCACAACGAACAGUCAGAUUCUCAUACUCCCAAUGGCUCUCGCAAUAUGGAGGGGAUCUUUGACGGACAACUUAACUCUUUCUCAGGAGGCUUUGAUGAUAGGGUAUGGCCUCCUGGGUUUAGCCCGGGAAAUUUCGGUUACCCGUCUCCUGGAUUGCCCAGCUUCCCCUGCGACGACGACAGGUCAGCAGAAAAUGCGCAGAGAGUAAAAAGUGAAGUCUCUCUUGAUUGCGAAAAUUCUAUGUCUCCGCUGUUUCUCGGCAUCAGCGGUGACAUGGACCCGUUUCUCUUGCAACAAUACCGAUUUGACUCGUCCGGCAACUUUCAUUUCAAAAAUCUUGAUAUCCAGUCUGUGAACUUGGGAGAAUUUCCGACACAAUUUUUACUUGCCCAACCUUCAAUCUUUUCUGUUGGCAGAGAGGAGACUGGAUGCAACAACUUAUCCACUCAACAGCAGACAGAUAGCCUUGAGGCCAUAGUCCCCGUGGAGAUCGGACAAUGUUUUGUCGAUCUUUUUGAAAAAAUCGUGCUACCACAAUAUCCAAUACUAAGUUCAUCAAAACGACUAGACCCAAUGUCCAGUCCGCCUCAUCUUCUAGCUAGUGUUUACUUGCUAGCAGAGCCAUUCACCAAAUUCCAUGAAAGACUAUGCAUCGACCUCGCCUAUGAGAAACCCUCUCCCAAAGCACUCUAUAAAAUCAUCAAGGACACACUUGCAUUUGAAAUACAUGCACCAAACAUUUCAACCAUACAGACAAUUUUUUUCCUGGUCAUUCGACCGUCUCCAAACCCCAUUGUGCAGGACAGCAGUUUCCGAUGGACCAUAUUCAGUACACUUGUCUCAUGUGCUCAUUCACUGGGAUUGCACCUUGAUCCUAAGUCAUGGCGAAUACCAGGCUGGCAAAUUUCGCAGCGGAGACGCCUAUCGUAUUGUAUUUAUACGGUUGAUAAAUGGCUGGCACUCAGUCUCGGACGUCCACCUUUAAUUAACUCCGAAAGUUGGCUCGUGACUACGAUCGAGUUAGCAGACCAACUGGGCAGCGGGAUAGAUUCCCAUGAAUGGUCAACAGUUAUGAAGCGAUCUGAACUAGAGUCUCUUCUUGAUCGAGUCAUCACUCAGCUCUACUCACCCCGAGCUGUUCAAAGCCUUUUUACAGACUUCGAGAAGACGUUUGCCAUAACCGAACCUUUACUUCAUGAUAUAGCAUCGUGGCAUCAUCAAAAUAACCGCAAUGAGAUGGACCGCACACUUGAGAUGAGCUACCAUUAUAUCAAUCUCAGUAUCAUUCGUGCAGUCUUUAGACCAUUCGUUCAGUCUUCGAUCAACUCCAAUCAAUCAGCGGGUACCCUCGCUGCACGUGAGCAAGCCCGCAUCCGGGCCCAGCACAGUAUAUCUGCUGCCGUUGUAUUUGUUCAUGAUUUGAGUCACAACGAUCUGGAAACACUGUGGCCCUCCUGGGCAGCGACGGCAUUUUCCUCGAUAUGCUUCCAAAUACUGCUCAUGGCCUCUAUUUCCUCUGACACUGCCGAGGCUACUUCAUGGGCGAGUAGCUUGCAACAGGUACGCCGAGAUAUGCGCCUCAAAGCUGAUGUCCUACCUUGCCUUCGCCUUGGAUUAUUGCGAAUCGACUCAAUAUUUUGGAAAGGGUUAGACAAUGUCUUGAAGCUGGAGGAACACAUGAAGCAGACCUUCUUAUGA